UAUUUCAGUUGCAAUUUAUUUUCAAUUGUCCUCUGUCCUCUGUGUUUGCUGCUGUGUGAGUGUGUCCUAACUUCCGUUGAGAGAGUGAGUGAGUGAGUGUGUGUGUGUGCUGGAGGCAACUGAUUUCAGUUCAUUCGCCAUAUUGCCAAGGACAUCUAGCACUACUACAGUGACAGCUAGCACAGGCGAAUCUCCACCACAGUUAAGUUUAGAAAAUGAAUAUGCAGACUGUCCAGUACUUGGGUGCAGUGCACCAACAAGCCACACCCCCACCACCACCACUGCCCUUCCGCUUUAAUGGACCUCCAAUGCAACAUCAACAUCAACAGCAUCAGCCUCAUCAUGGACAGCAUCUUCAACAUCAGCAACAGCAUUCGCAUGUCCAACAAUCACCUUGGUUUGUUGGCAGCAAUGGCAGUGUGGCUAAUGUGGCCAUUGCUAAUGGUGGGGGUGUCAACGAGAUUGCUGCUGCUGGCGGUGGUGUCUCGAAUCCAGCUAAUGCUGGUUUUAUGCCAAAUACAAAUCCAAUUUGCAGUACUACACCAAUUAAAGGAAAUCAACAACAACUACAUUCGGCUACAUUUACUAAUCCAACGGGCUAUAGCAACAACAAUAAUAACAACCAUAGCCAUAUUAACAACUUCAAACAACAGCAUCAGCAAUCAGCAGGAACAGCAUCAUCCACAUCGGCAGCAGCAUUGUUAUCGAAUCAACAAAAUUUCAGUCAACAAACAUCAUUUACUGCAAAUACAAAUCAGGUCUUAAAUACCAACAAUCACCAUCAACAACAGCAGCCGCAGCAGCCGCAGCAGCAGCAUCAUCAUCAUUCUACCAUAGUUGCUGCUACAGCCUCGUCGCCGCCCUCUAUAGCAACAGCAGCCACAGGAACAACAACAGCGAUUGGAACUAGUGGUGGUCUGGGUCAAAAUACGAUUAAGUGUAAGCCUCUGGUAACAAGCGCAGCAACGGCAUCACAUCAUCAUCUCCAGCAAUCGCAUCAACAAGCGUAUCAGCCACAACAACAACACCAUCACAACAAUACCACAGCAACACAAGCAGUAGCCGCAGUCAUGGGUCCCACCACUUUAAAUGGCACACAGCCACCUCCAGCUCAACUCCAGCAAUACCAACAGCACUUACAACAGCCACAGGUAACGACUGAUACCCAACAGCAGCAUCUGCAUCAUCCCCAUCAACAACAGCAUCAGCAACAGCAGCAACAACAACAACAGCAGCAGCAGCAUCAGCAACAGCAAUAUCAACAAUCAGGUUCAGAUCAGCUGUCAAAAACAAAUGUCUAUAUACGCGGCUUGCCAGAGGGGACGACUGAUAAGGAUUUAGUUAUAUUAUGUUCAGAGUAUGGUACUAUCGUAUCGGCCAAAGCUAUAUUUGAUAAAACAACAAAAAAGUGUAAAGGUUACGGCUUUGUAGAUUUCGAAUCACCGGCAUAUGCUGAGAAUGCCGUUAAAUCUCUUCAAGCUAAAGGCAUUAAAGCACAAAUGGCAAAAGUGGGUGUUUGGGUGCUCCUUAGGCCGGCCAUACAACAAGAGCAGGAUCCAACAAAUUUGUAUAUAACAAAUUUGCCGCCAUAUUUCAAAGAGACUGAUUUAGAGAAAAUGUUAUCGAAAUACGGACACGUGGUAUCGACAAAGAUUCUAUGUGAUGCACAAUUGAAUUCCCGAGGCGUUGGCUUUGCACGCAUGGAAAAUCGUGAAAAAUGCGAACAGAUUAUACACGCUUUGAAUGGUACUACAAUACCGGGUGCUAACGAUCCAUUGGUGGUUAAGUUCGCUGAUAGCGGCUCGUCGGCUAAAAAGAAUCUACUGAAAGCUCGAGACCCAAAUAAUCGCUCACGUUUGGAUAUAUCAGCCGGAACAGCAGGUAUGGAAAGUAUACCUGUAACCCCUGAUCCAGGGGCUCAGCAAAAUGGUACUACAGCUGGCUAUACUCGUUUUGGUACACCCCAAAUAGGUAGUUAUCCCUUGGCUAGUUCUCCAUGGAUACCCGGCUAUAUGAUGGCUACAACAGCUGCCCAGCCAGCUGCGACAUUCGAAAAUCAGUAUUUACAGUUGGCUUCUUCACCACAACAUCUAAGCGUUUCGCCAUACAAAACGGAUCUGGUGAAUACCCUACAGGGUCCCGGAAUGUAUUUGAAUGGCUCAGAGGCUGUUAUGCCAUAUGGGGCUAUGAUGCCACCCAUGGGUCCUUUGCAGUAUAUAAGCCCCUCAUAUCCCUACUACGCUCCCCCAAUGAUUCCUACCAUACCAAUGACAGAUUCCUCUGACCAGGCAUUGAGCACUGCGGCCUCACCCAAUGGGGCUGCCUAUACACAAUUUUUACAUCCCUUAGCACCCAAGUAGAUGAAUGUUUUUGUUUGUUAAGUUCUAAGUCUAUCCAUAAAUGGAUGCGUAUCAUAAGAAACCAAAAUUUUGUGUUUGUAACUGAAAAUCGAUGAUGAAUGAAUGGGAAAGGAAAAAAAAAAGGAAUAGCAAAGAAAAUGAAUGCAGAAUAUGCUGAAUGCAGAAAGAUGAAGCUAAAGCUAAAGAAACAGAGAACGCGCUUUUUUAGUAAAAAAGAAAUGAAAAACAAAAGAAAUUCAAAAUAACCAAGGCCUGGUUUUACUCAAAAAAAAAAAAAGGCUUUUGGGCUUUUGUCUACAACAAUUCACACAUUUACACUCCCCUCUCCUACCCCCUCCCCUCUAAACUCAUACAACAUAAGUAAGCAAAAAUCUGGCAACGUUUUAUACGACGAAAAAAAAAUGAAAAACAAAAACAAAACCAAACAGAAUAAGGAAAAGGAAGAUGACAAAGAUGAAGAUGCUGAAGCUGUAGCUUUGCCUCCAAAAGAUAAACAAAAACAAACAAAAAAAAACAAAAACUAAUCCAAAUGAAAUAUUUUUUCUACUUCUGCCCCACGAAGAGAUUCAUCUUCGAUGAGAAUAAAAAGGUCGCAGCCGCUGCCGCCGCUUGGAAGUAUAGAUCAAAGGCAUCAUGGCCACAUGAUCAUCUAUCUCGUCAUCAUCAUCAUCAUCAUCACCAUUUCCGCCGUAGUCAAAUAGAAAUGUCUCAUAAUUGUUUCGUUCUUUCUUUUUUGUAAAAGAAACAAAAUCUUAAUCUUAAGCUGCACAUUCCAUCGUUUAUUAGGAAAAGAAAGUGGGGGGGUGGCAACUCUGGCCGCCCUCCCUUAGAAAAGCUCUUUGGAAUUAUGUUUUUUUUUUUUCUCUAGUAGUCAUGUGUUUUUUGUAAUGUGUUUUUUCUAGUUUUAGUAGUUUAUUAAUAAUAAAUAAAAUUUUUAUGUUUAUUUCUCAAUUUCUUUGUUUCCUAUGUUUUUAAGCUAUUUAAGCUAUUUUUGUAAAAUUUUCCAAAAACAAAACAAAAAUUAAAAGAAAA